GUUGCUCUUGUUCUUGUCUGGGGUCAUAAAUACCUUUUGUUGGGUUAACACAUUCAUUACUCAUUAACCUCUUAUAUAUAUAACCCUUUGCUUCAUUAUUUUUUCCAUUUCAUUUAUCUCUCAAACAAGAGAGAAAAAUAUGAGAACAAGAAGAGGGUCUUGUUAUAUUGAACCUGAAAUAGUGACAAAGAUGUGUUCUUUGGGGAAGAGAAAGAAGGACAUGCAUAUUUCCAAGAAAACUAUUUUUUGUGGAAAGAGACUAAAGAAGUGUUUGGAGAAAACUUCAUCAGAAUAUGAUUUUUUCGAGGCCUUGCCAGAUGAUAUCGUUAUUUCUAUCUUCUGCAGGCUUAGUUCUACAGCCACUUCACCUUCCGAUUUUGUAACCGUUUUAUCAACAUGUAAAAGAUUCAAAAGAUUAGCACUUCAUUCUCUUGUGUUGUCAAAAGCUUCUCCCAGAACUUUCUCCAUUAGAGCCAAAAACUGGUGCGAAUCUGCACAACAAUUUCUUAAACAGUGUGCUGAGGCAGGGAAUGUUGAAGCCUGUUAUACUCUGGGCAUGAUUCGGUUUUACUGUUUGCAAAACAGAGGGAGCGGUGCUUCGCUUAUGGCGAAAGCUGCAAUGAACUCUCACGCGCGUGCACUCUACUCGCUUGCAGUUAUACAGUUCAACGGCAGCGGCGGUACCAAAAGUGAUAAGGACCUCCGUGCCGGUGUUGCUCUCUGCGCCAGAGCCGCUUUCCUCGGCCAUAUCGACGCGCUUCGUGAGCUUGGACACUGUUUACAAGACGGUUACGGUGUGAAACAGAAUAUCUCCGAGGGGAGGCGCUUUCUUAUUCAGGCUAACGCACGUGAACUCUCCGGCGUUUUGUCCACCGACGCCGGCGCGUGUCAGUUAGUUAACGCUAAUCUUCAAUCUCAACUCCGAUACGUCGCGGUGUCUGGAUGUCCGUUGUUGAGCGAUUUUGGAUGUAAUGUUCCGGCGCCGGAGCCGCAUCCGUCGAGUCGGUUUAUGACGGAGUGGUUUGCCGUUCGCGGCGGAUUGAAUGGUUCGGGUUUGAGGCUCUGUUCGCAUGUGAGUUGUGGGAAGCCGGAGACGCGAAAGCAUGAGUUUCGAAGGUGUUCGGUUUGUGGUGCGGUGAAUUAUUGCUCGCGUGCGUGUCAGGCGCUUGAUUGGAAGUUCCGUCAUAAGGCGGAGUGUGCUCCUGUGGAGCGGUGGCUUGAUGAGGAUGGUGAUGACGAGAAAGUUGACGACGACGAUGAGGUAAUGGUUAUGAAUGAUAGUUAGACAAUUUUUCUUAGAGGAUGGUAACUGGAAUGGUAAUGGUGACUGAAGUUAAAUAAUACAACUUUAACGGAAAUGAAUCAAUUUUGUUGAGGUGUUGAGAGUUGAGACUUUGUAUACAUCCAAGUUGUUUAAAGAAUAAAUCAAAAGAAGAUUCAAACAACAAAAAGUCAUCAACAAAGGUUUCUGCAUUUUCUUUAUUAGACCAGAAAAGAUGGUCUGGAAUGCAUGGACCAUUGCAAAGUAGCGGUGGCUAUCCACAAUUCAAGGGGCAUUUUUCUGUGAGUAAAGAUGCUGAAUAGACAUGUAAACAAUGUUUUCUCAUGGUUUUGAGAAUUCACUGUAAUCUGAUUGUACUUUGAAUAACCAUCUAAGAUUCAGUAAAGUGGUUAAUACUCCAA